AUGGAGGACUAUCGACCAGAGAAGGCGCCACAUCAGGUCUACAAAGUCAUGGACCUCAUACAGGAGCUUUCCACGUGGGGGGAAGACAAGAAGCUGCCUAUCGCUCAGUCUGAAGAGGAAGCUGCCAGGACCUUCAGCGAAGGAGGGCUUCGUCGAAGGAUCCGCACCCGUGACAUGUCUGCUGCGGCCUCGGAGGCCGCCCCUUUGCGCUUCUCCGGAGAGAAUGAGGAUGGAAGAGAAUACAAGAGAUGGAAGACUUGGGUAAAGAACAAGCUCUUGACCCUGGACAAGUUACCUGAAACUGCUCGAGGAGCCUAUAUAUACACGUUGUUGGCUGGCAAGGCCUUGGAGGCUGUUGAACACCUGGAUCCUGGCGACUAUCAGAAGAAGGAUGGCGACCAGGUCCUGUGGUCGUUGCUGGACAAAAGGUUUCCUCAGCUGGAAGUGGUCGAUGAGCUUGGUGAAAUCCUGGGCGAGGUUUUCAAUCUUCGCUCCCAGGAGGGGGAAACGAUGAAACAAUGGGCUGCCAGAGCAUCGGAGCUGUUCGACCGAUGCCACAGGAAAACAGGAGUUCAGUUUCCUGACGAAGCCAGGGGCUGGCUUUUGUUGCACAGGGCCAACCUCAGCGAGGAGCAGAAGGCCGUGGUCAUUUCGCGUGCCCGUGGAGAUCUCAAACGGGAAUCCAUUGCAGCAGCUCUCCGAUCAUGCUACCCCGACCUUGUUGUUGGAAAACGGCGAACAGCCGUUGCAUUGGCAGAAGAGACCAUGGACGAUCCGACCGAGCCCCACGAUGCCUGGGAAGAAGAUUUUUCAGACGUGGAGCGCCUGCUGGAAGACCAUCAAUCGUCCGCUGAUUGGGCCGCUGACACGGAGGCCUACAAUGAAGCUGAGGCUGCUGGUGAGUGGACCCCUGACGAGGUCAUGCUGGUUUCCUCACCAGGAUUUGGUGUGUUGGAUUCGGGCUGUGGUAGGACAGUUGUUGGAGCUUCAACUUUACAGAGCUUUGAAAAGCUGUGGUCUCAGCGUGGCUGGACAGUGCCCUCCAAGAUUUCCGAGGUGCACCAGUUCAAGUUCGGAAAUGGUGAUGUGGAGACCUCCCACUAUUCCGUUCAGAUGCCCGUCAUCCUGGCUAAUCGCCGAGGGGUGAUCAGAGCUGCAGUGAUCAAAGGUGACGCUCCUCUUCUGGUGAGCCGCAGUGCCUUGAAGUCCCUUGGCGCCUCACUGGAUUUUCAGAAGGACUGUCUCAAUGUUUUUGGUCAGUCUGUUCCACUCAAGACAAAUGGAGCAGGACAGUAUGUGGUUGAUUUGCUUUCCCCCAAAGAAACUCUAGCAGCUGAUUUCACGGAAGUCAUGACCCUUGAGCCUCAUCCUCAUCCAGCGAACCGGUCGCCGGAAGCGCCCGAAGCAGACACACCUUUGACUCUCGAGCCAUCUGCAUCGCCUGCGGCGGAUGAGAAGAGAAAGGUGGAAGAUGAUCUCAUCAACGACACGCCGUCGUUGCUCAUUCUGUAUGGUCUUCAAUUGCCUGAGAGUGACCGGUACAUCCGUAAGAGCACCCGUUUGUUGGUCUCUCAUGAAGACAUGUCCAGCCUGGGUCUCACAUGUGACCAGACUGGAACGCAUCAGUGUCAUGAUGUGAUCGCCGGAAGUGCACCUGGUGUUCCUCGUAUCAGUACAUUUGCUGGUGCCUACCCCGUGAAAUUUGUUCAAGCGGUGUUGAAUACGAUACCUCAGUUUCAGCUAGAUCGAUCCAAGGCCACCUCGUCAUGUGAAUGCAUCGCUCAUGUAGAAGUCAUCAAUGAAGAAGUCCCCGAUGCGUCAUGGACAGAGAUCCUAGCCGCUGGACAGGAGCUCUUGACUAAGGUGAAGGAAGAAGGUUCGGUCCAUCUGUUGCUGAACGCUUUGAUGGAGCACGAAACCAGUGAAUUUGAGUUUGUGCCCUCUGCUGGAUACAGCCUGGACAGUGGUGCCAUGAAUGACUCGUCCAAGCGUCGCCUGACCGCUGACUCGAGUCAGGCCCCACAUGUGCAUUCCCAGAGGCCGAUCGUGAAGAUGAGCUCCCAGGACCAGGGAUCGAUUCCUCUCCCCAAGGGCAUCACCUCGAUGGACCAUUGGGGUAAGACCUUGAUCACUUCAGGAAAGCUGUCUAAGCAGAACCUCAGCUAUGAAGACCUUGCAAGUUCACCUGAGACGGAUUUGGUGAACUACAGUCGAUGGCUCAUGGCGCAGAAAGACCGCGCCAACAUGUCGCCACCCAUCAAGGACCUCAUUGCCUACUUGCUGGCUUACACGGAGUUGGCUGAGGGGUCGACUGAACGAUUCCCAGACAGCACGAUCCCACGGAAGUUCAAGAGUUGA